CGGGGUUUCUGUCAUCUCUUUGCAGUUCCGUACAACAUGACAUCCGUGUCAACCGUGGCCUGCAAGCAAGCCCAGGUCCAGCCACUCAUGAAUUUCCGAGGUGGACUCAACAUGGAGAGCUUCCACCGCCGGAGAGACAAGGUUGUGUUCGUCGUGGGGGCGACCGGGACGGGCAAGUCCCGGCUUGCCAUCGACCUGGCAGUCCGGUUCAGAGGUGAGGUCGUGAACUCGGACAAAAUCCAAGUUUACAAAGGCCUUGAUGUCGUCGCCAACAAGGUCACCGAGGAGGAGUGUCGGGGCGUUCCCCACCACUUGCUAGGGAUCGCAGCGCCGGACUCGGAGUUCACGGCCCUUGAUUUCCGGCGCCAUGCAUUGGUCGCCAUCGAGUCCAUCCUCAAGCGGGGCCGGCUCCCCAUAGUAUCUGGUGGCUCGAACUCUUUCAUCGACGCCCUCGUGAACGGCGGCCCUGAAGUCCAAUCGAGGUACGACUGCUGCUUCUUCUGGGUGGACGUCUCUAUGCCGGUGCUCCACUCCUUCGUGUCAAGGCGGGUCGACAAGAUGGUGGAAGCCGGGCUGGUCGAUGAGGUGAGGAGCGUGUACUGUCCGGGAGCGGACAACUCCAAGGGCAUCAGGCGUGCGAUCGGAGUGAGUGAAAUGGAGCGGUACCUGAGUUCCGAAAACACGGUCGACGACAGGACCAGGACGAAGCUUUUGGAGGAAGCGGUCGAGAGAAUCAAAGCGAACACAUGCGCAUUGGCUUGUCGCCAAUUGGAGAAGAUAGAGGGACUAAGGAGCAAUUGGGAUGGGGAGAUGAACCGAAUCGAUGCCACGGAAGUGUUCUUAAAAGAGGGCAAAGAAGCGGAUGAAGCUUGGGCUAGGCUUGUGGCGGGGCCAUGCACUACCGUCUUGUACAAGUUCCUUUAUGGUCAAGAUCCUAUAGCUGCUGUGCUCUCGACCGAUACGUCUCAUGAUCUGACAAAUGUUAAUCCAAUUUCGGUUUUUAUUCGAUAA